AUGUUGGGCACGGGACUUGACGUUGAGUGGGAGGAGAGUGCCCUUGUCGCCGAGAAGGGAAGGAGAGCUUCCAGCAGCGCUGUGCUGGGACAGAGCAUCCAGAGGUCCACAUCCUCUGUGGUCCGUAGGAGCUGCUAUGAGGAGGGUCCAGGGAAGAAUAUACCACUUUCAGUGGAAAGCAAGUGGAGGUUACUAGCUAUGAUGGCUUGGUUCUUUGGGUUUGGAUUUGCUAUACCUUUCUUAAUAGUAAGACAUCAACUGCUUAAAAAAUAAUC